UCAGUUCCAUACUGCCAUCAGCCACACGACGUUAGCUAAACUGCAAAAAUUACUACUACUGCAUUAGGUUCUGCAAAUAUUUAUAAAUUUAUUUCACUUCUGUUUUUUUUACUAUUGUUUUAUUUAACAAUUACAGGAACAGGACCGGAUGAGAUCUUUGCUUGAUCAUAUUCAGGGGUGCUCGUUGUAGUGAAAUUCUAAUGGCGCCGAUUUAGAUCAGACAGCGUAGCUGAGUAGUACUUUUUGCUUGUUCUGUAUUCUUUUGUCGAUAAUAGCCAAUCACAUUAGACCAUCUUACCCAACCCUAUUCUGCUCUAUAUCUACAGUGCCCUGCCCUCGUAUACCCACUUAGAGUGCAACUCAUUCAGAGCUUUAUUUUGUAGUUAUUGGCAGCAGCAGAGUCGGGCCCACUUUAAAUCGCUUAUUUAUUCCCAUAAUUACUAAUGCAUGCCCCGAAGGCUUCUCUAAGAGUUCAAUUGGCAUAACUAAGCCAGUAAGAAUUCUCUUAGUUUAUAUCCACUUUCACUCCGAUAAAAUGCAAAGCCAAGAAUUUGCCCAGUUAUUACCCAAUCACCCCACCCCUGAAUAUCCCCAAAACCACACUUCCGGCUUCUCCUAACUACCCAAAUAGACUUGCUUUGCUGGAAGAAGAACCAGACGGGUGGGUUCAAUUUAGCGCCUGAUUGCCACGAAGGAACACCUCAUUUAAAUAUUAUUACGAUUCCAUCCCAUUCCGCUUAUUUUUUCACUCCAGCCUCAUUAAAAAACAUCACACAUCAGAAGCAACCAAAUCAAAUGAAGCACAUUUUAUACAAUAAAUAAUGAAUUGACAGCAAAACUCAUCCUACCAUCAUUUUCCAGUAAGCGCAAUCAUGAUGUGGAUUUUGAAGUAUCACUUUUAUUGUGCUUUUUUACAAUUUUUCCUAAUUUUACAGUUGUUUUACUCCAGUUUCUCAGAAUCAACUGGAUCUUUAGUCAGUAAUUUAGCCAGCGAAACCGAACAUGCAGAUAAGUUCACGAAUUUUGUGAUCAAAAUGUGUCAUGAGCAGAUCAAAAACCAGACGGCUGUCAUUAAACUAUGCCGUGUUCCAGAAGUACACACUCUGUUUUCAGAUUCAACGGAAUCCUACUUGAUUUCCGGGGGAUCCCGAAAUCUUUUUUCAGUUGAGAAUGAGCCACUUUUCAAGCCUAGCUCAGAAACAGUUCGAAGUUUAUCCGAUGUCAAAUGUUUGUGCAAAAUUCCAGGCCACUGUUUUCUGGACAGACCGUAUAAACCACAAUUCAUAUCAAUACUUUUUGAGAACUUACCGAUACAUUCUUUAGACAACAACACAUCAAAACCGAGAUCUAAAAUUGAACCUCUGUACAAAGUAUCUGCAAAAAUGAGCAAUGAUGUAAGCAGAUGCAAUGAUUCCGUGAUUUGGACUUCUGUUAGAAAUCAGUCGAAAGUCUGCACGUUUUAUGGGUCGCUAGUCAUGCAACCUUUAAGAGGCAACGAAGGCCAGUUCCACUGUCAAAACAUAUCACAGCAAUUCACCCUUCAGUCAAACUCGACAACAUUCGAACAAAGUGCCUCCAUAAUUGCCCUUCAGAAAAUAACGAAAGUAAGCAGAGGGUUGAGGGCUAGGGUCUUAUACUCCAAGUGGAAUGGAGCCAACUUCCCAAACCCUAAAACAAACCAGUCUCUCUGUGGACGAGCCAACUCCUCCUUACUGUGUGAUCCAGACAAUUUAUUAAAUGCAACUGAAGGGGCUAAGUUAUCGUACGCAUUGGAGUUGUUCUCCUUCAACUAUAUCUGUUUCUGUUCGGACGCCAGAAACUGUAGUGUUUUUCCAUCUGGUCCCAAAGUCUACAUCGCAGUUGCAAACGAAACAGCAUCAACUCACAAAACCAAACAGGACUCCAUAAAAUACACGGCCACCAAAAUCAGACUACGAUUGAAGUACCAACUGUGUGAUGACGUCGUGCUUAUUUUCUAUUCAGUUAGUGACCAGUAUUUAUACGUCUCACUUGGCCGAGCGAUUGAGGUCAAGCUAACCCAGAAGUUCACCCAGCAGCUGUUACAGUGGGUUCCAGGUUAUGUUAUCCAGGGCAGAGUGUUUGAGUCUCUCAAUGCGACUGUUAGGGCCCUGGAAGCGGCGUUUGAGAGAUACAUGGAAGACAGAGAGCGGUACUUGUUGUUCAUUCAGAUUCUGCUGGUCAGUCUCGUCAUAAUGACUCCCUUCGCCUGUUUGAUGGGCUUAUCUUUUACUAAAUAAUUAAUUUAAUGUUUACU